AUGUGUUGGCCGAAGCCGAUCACGAGGUUCACACGUGCAAUCAUGGUCACGCUGAGCAUCAAGUUGUCCUCGAGCUCGUUUGAUGAGAUACUGGGCAAGAGACUUCGAGGGAACGAGGACGUGGAAAUGUCCGACGGUCUUGAACAGGUCUGCGAUGAUUCCGGUGCUGCUGUCAUGGAAGUGGAAAAUUUUGAGUCGAACCUGAAGCGACAUUGCGCACGUUUUGAAAUGAUCAUUCCCAAACGCACACAAAUAUCCUUGGCGAUGCCGGGGCUAGAUCGUUUCGACUUGCACGCGAACGUUCACCACUUGCUACAAGAUCAAGACCCUUUCUGCAGUCGCCCACUCAACCUGUGCCAACAUGAUUUCACCACGAACGCGGCAGGUCUGUUUCAACGGCAUCUUGAAUUAGACACAGAUAAGCGGUUUCUUGUCUUGAGGUCGAACAGAGUCGAUGAUGGUUCCGACCACCUGGAGUCGAUCCGCUUGUCUUGGGAUGCUCCCACAAGCCAUCGCCUCUCAUCGAAGAGAUAG